AUGAUUUCCCUGAAAGAGUCAGAAAUAAACUUCGAUAAAUACUACACCGCGUACGAGGUAGAAAUUCCUGGUGGAAAAAUACCAGAAAAUGCCCCCACAAAAACAGGAACUUCAGAGAACCAAUCACUGCUCGCUGCUGUGACCCGGGAGUCACUCUGGCCUCUACGGAUAUCCCAGAUCUCGGGAUUUUUUCCAAUUCCCAUUCACCCCAGGAAAAAUUGCGCCAAUUUAUCAGCAGAAAUUUACCUUCCCGCCACUUUCUCCCUCCUCAAGACCCCUUCCGUAUGGUGGACCUUGUUUCUAAUCGCGCUCACAUUUUUCCCCAUUAUUUCCUAUCAAGCUGAUGCUGAGCGAUUUGACGAUUAUUCCGUAGCUUUCGAGUCCAUGGGACGCAACACUUUUCGGACGAUUAACCUCUUGUGGAUACUGCUUGGCAAUGGGUGUCCAUUUUUAGCCAGGGUUGAUGUCAUCCUUCAACGCAAAAGAUUCAUAGCGUUCUGGACCAAUUUCCUCGAUAUGUUGAGACAAUUUGAUACCACAUUGGACAAAAAUAAUAUACUAUCACCAACAAAAUUUGGAUCAUCCUUACGGAAAAAGUUCUUUGUGCAUGUCAUCCUUAACUUCGCCGCUGUCUUAAUCGGAAUGUACGGAGGUCUCAUGUUUGCGUUUCAGUACGAAGGAAAAAUUUUCACUUAUAUAAUGGGCAUUUUACAAGAUGGGUUUUCAAUGAUGCUCGCAGUCAUGCAAGUAUUUGGGUUCACUCUGAUGAUAUUUUUCCUCAUGGUGUACAAUCAUUGCUUGGCUGUCAUCUUGAAUAUGUUGGAGAAGAAGGGUGAACAAAAUCGGGACAACGGGGUUGAAAAGUUAAUCAAAUUGUAUAAACUGGUGGACGACCAGGUGCACGAAUUUAAUGGGAUUUUCAACUACAAAAUGGUACUGGAAGUAUUGUACAAUUUCAUGUCCAUCCUAUUCUAUGGAUACUUCUUGAUAUUAUUUACUAAAAUGGGGGAAAUAUUCGUAUUUUUAAUAAAUGUUGUGAAUUGUCUUUUUCUGCUGAUAUGGUUCGUAUGGUUUGGGAAAGAGUGUUCUGAGGUAGCAGGAAAAAGUAGGGAGAUUGGGAGAAAGUUGGCCUAUCUCGGGUUUGGAGGAAAUGAUACGAUGCAAUUUGUAUCAGUGCAGAAAAUUGGGGCUCAGGAUAGCACAAACUAUCAAAAAAGAGGGGUCUGCAAGACGGCGAUUGGUUACAUACAAAGUUGUCCCUUGACCAUCGAGACUUCAAUUUUUGACCUCAAUCUCAAAUUACUGUUGUCGAUUUUUGCUGCAAUCUUAACAUAUGUUGUCAUCAUUGUACAGUUUCAAUCCGUAGAUCGUUCGUAA